AUGUCUUCUAUAGUGACACCUCUAGUGAGGUUCUCUACAUACGACAAUGCCACCUAUCCACCUUCUACCACAUUAGUGGCGGCGUUGGAUAAUGUAACUUCUGCACCCCUGACAACUGCACGGGCUGACGUCAACAUUACUGUGCCACACAAGUGCUUGUUGUUGUUGUAUGAAGACAUUGGGACAUCCAGGUGAGAUGCUGUUUUGUGUAGGUGUGUGUGGCUUUUGUUCUCCUUCCUCUUCCUCUUCUCCUCCUUCCUCCACUUCCUGCAUUUUAAAAACUGUUUUAUCUUUUGUGCCUUAUUUCUAGGGUCCGUUACUGGGACCUUCUGCUGCUGGUUCCCAAUGUGCUUUUCUUUGCGUUUCUCCUCUGGAAGCUGCCCUCUGCCAAGGCCAAAAUCCAUGCCACCUCCAGUCCCAUCUUCACCACCUUUUACAUACUGGUGAGUACAGGUCAUUCUGUUUUAGUUUUUUUAAAAGCAGGCCAGUGGGAAAUUGGCCCACUUGGUCUUGCCUCCCUUAAGCUGAAGAACCUAGUGGCAUGUUCACUAAUGACACCCCGGGGAAAAUCUGUGCAUCAGGGGUGCUUCCACAAUACAAGCACCUCUCUCCAUUUAAACUGCAUCACUGUGUUUUAGAAUCAGGCAUGUGUUCAAAUGAAUCUUCUCCUUAGGGUGGAGUGAGGGGUAGUUGCUGCUUCUGUCUCUGCUGCCUCUAAAGUCCGCCCUCCUUCCCAACAGCUUAGCCCACCCUGAGCCACUCAUUGACAGCAGUCCGAGCCCACCCCCAACCCCCAAUGCAACAGUUGUCCACAGAAAUGUAUUUGAAAGAGGAUUAGAGACAAAGUUAAAGGAAGGGUUCUAGGUCAGGAUCUAGCAGUGGUUAGACUUUUUUUUAAAAAAAAAAUAUCAUUUACUUGUGCAAUUUCAUUGUAUUUUCAUAAUUACUUCGUUUGGGGGCGGGGCAGACUUGAAGCCAUUUAUAAACAAUAGUUGUAAGGAGUUCUGAAAAAGCAGAUGUGUGAGGAGAAGAGUGUCUCCUUAUGCCUUAAGUCAGCUGAUUAUCAGUAUCUUUGUGGAGAUUGCCUCCUCCAGCCUACUGUGUGUGUGCAUUGUGGGUGGUUGUUGUUGUUUUUAUAAAUAAAAACCUCUGCUUGUUUUUUAAAUCUCCGCUGUGCUGUCAUUUGCACCCACUUCCACUUUCAUUGCCUCUUCUCAGUUAUUGCAUGAGCAAAAGGGCUUCUUCUGAAAGGAGUGAGGAAGGAAGGGAAUUGUUCCCAGGAGGCGGAGGACUGUGGCAGCAGCCCUGGGCAGCACAUGGUGGUGCCAUGAUUUCUGCCAAUGGGUGACUCAGCCUGGGCUGACUCUCAGGCUGGGAGCAGGAGAUGGGUGCAGAGUGCAGCAUGCCGGCAAUAGAGGAAGUUGGACGUUGUGGGGUUGUUGUUGUUUUUUUCUAAAAAAGAAGAUGUUAUGUCCUGUGCAGGCUUUCUUGUGUAUUGCAUUGUCAGAUGUAUGACUGUCUGUUGCACAGAAGUCAUUGGUAUAGCCUCAGUGCAGGGAGUUCCUGGCUCUCCAGAAACAAGUUUUUCCCCUUGAGGCCGAGGCGGCUGACAUGAACAAGCCGAGCGAGGUUGGUGGAUGAGGUCUUCGGGGACGUCACAGCUGUGAACUUGACAGACUCCAAGUGAAGCCUGAUAUGCUCCCAGACCAUGCCCAGCACCAGUGGCAGAUGUUUGAGUCUGCUGUAAGAGCCCUUUCUCCUGCAGAGAGUCAUUGCUCUCAAGAAGCUCUUUGCUUUAGCCAAACAGUGACAUUGGUUUCUCAGGCGUACAGUCUAUCAUCCCAUGCAUGGGUUUGGCCCUUCUAGUGCCCAUGUGAAUGUUGCCCUGGUCUCAUUUAUAACUACAGGCAACAAGCAUUUCCCAUGGGGAUUACGUUCCUGACCCCUGUGUGUGUCGGCAGAGCGAGCAUAACCCUGCCCCAUUCCACCCCUGCCCCACCCCCUUUUCCAGCCCCUUCUGGGUUGCGGUGAUGCUCGUGAUCGUGCACAUAUUGAAAGCGUGUACAGUGGUCAUUGCUUUUACAGAAACCCAUUCCCUUCCCCUGAGGGCUGAAAUGUUUGAAGCAGCAGGGGAUAAAAUCUUUCUGCCUGCAGUGUAACAAGUCCUACAAUGUUAGGCUGAGGUGUGCAUGUGCAUCUUACAUUUGAGGCCUUCCACUAUGCAAAUAGCAAUUCUGGAUGCAUUGCGUUCCACAGGGCACGCUUGAGGGAAUAAUGUAAUGAAUCAAUGUUUGUUUUUUGUUCUGUUGUAAGUGGCGGCUCCUGCCAUAUUGGGGUUGGUGCAAAGUGCAGUGGCAAUAGCACUGCUUAGCUCCCAAGCACGUUAAAUAAUAUUUAUGAAGGCAGGAAAGAAACUGGUUAUUUCAGGAGCUUUAUCUUGGAGAGGAAGUAGAUAUAUUUUACAGAUGCAGCAUAGGAGGGUGGUAACAGGAUGCACAGGGAACUGUCCCAGAGGGCUGCUACAAUGCAGGACAUCCACAAACAAAUACAGUACUGCAAAUGCUCAUUCACUUUUCUCGACAGGCUAAGAGGAAAUCUGCAAGGUGGUGCUAAAACCUGGUUCAGUCUUGCUGAAAUCAUUGUGUGGUGUUGUUGAGUGUGGCAUCUGAAGUCCUGUUUACUCCGGCCUUCUGGUCCCGGUCUCCUUACAGCAUCUGUCAGUGGGAUUAAUAUAUGUCAGCUGUAUAGAGCCCAGCAUGUAGCAGAUUAGAAUAUGUGUGACCUCUGGAAAAGGGAGACAAUGAAUAUUUGUGUUCUUAAUAUCAGUCAUAAGGAGGCUUCUGAAUAUGGCACACUUCAAACAAAACAAAAAUCAAUAGUUCCUGAAGGGGCUGAAGUGUUGUUGUUAAAUGAAGUUUAGCGUUUCAAAAGGCAAGUUUUGUGGCCAGUAGUGGUAGGGUUGUAGCAAUGUACAUUGCAUGUAGCACUGAGCUGAACAAAUGCUGGCAAAAAUUACUGUAGCUCCUUGUAGGUCAUUUAUUUUAAACAAAAUAUGCUAAAGAUAGGGAAUACAACUCUGCUUCAUUUGAGGUAGGAUAACCAGUUAGUGUAUUGACAUGUUUUGCAUCUUUUCCAGCUAGAACUGGAAACUGUGUACAGUAUCCCUAAUGUUCCUGUGCCAAGGAUUUUGAAAGACUUUAUAUUUCAGAAUCUUCUGAGCUGAUUUCCUGCCUUAAGCAUUUUUUACUGUGUUCCCCACCCCCACCCCCUUGCUGCCGCUGCUUCAGCAAAUGAAUUGUGGAGUCUUUCCCAGAUCUGAGGCUCCUUAAUUGAUAUCCUGUGGUGUUGGCUGCCUGUUUAUUUAAAAUUCUAUGUGCACCAGGCAGGCACCAAUAGAAUAUGAAGUGAUUAUGAUACUAAAAUCAGAGAAUGGAGGAGCUAAUAAGGAUCAAUAUUUCAAGCCUUGAAAACCUUUAGUCCAGAUGUUGCCAGACUUCCAACUCACAUCACCCCUGAUUACUGGCUGUGCAGUAACAUCUGGAGGGCCUCAGGUUCCCCAUUUCUGAGGUGGGUCUUGCAUGGCAAAUUCUGUAGCAUUUCUUUGCUGAGGUGACCUGGCUGAAGUUUCUUGUUCCUUCUCUGCCUUAAAAAGAGGGAAAACUAUUUCCCCCUCUUUUUCUUCUGUUCCUCUGUAACUCAUCCUGUUACAAAAACAAAAUAAAAUGUUAAAGGGGGACCUUGUUGAUUGGUCUCCCAUCCCUGAAGCCCAUCAUGCAUUUUCUCUUCUGCCUUAAUUUGUAACAAUUGCCAUUGUCUUCUAGGUGUUUGUGGUAGCUGUGGUUGGGAUUGCUCGAGCAGUUGUCUCCAUGACAGUCAGCGCUUCCACUGCCGCUACGGUUACUGACAAGGUGAGUGUGGGUUUGAUACCAGAGGCGAUGGUGGCUUGGGCCCCUUCUUCACCUUUUCUGGGGCAGGAAUGCAAAAAGAUUUGAGCUCCAUUUAGUCAUCAGCUACAAUAAUGCAUGGAAUUCAUUGUACCACUAACUGGGGUACGUGUGCAUGGAACAAGGUCUGCUUGUGCAACCCCCUGGACUCCUCCCCAUAUUUUGGGGUUUUGUGGUAGAUCAGCAAGGGUUUCUGAUGCCCCAGUUGUUCAACAAUAGCAACAAGGAAAAGGCUUCUUCUAUCUCUCCCCUCCUCACCCCCAAACUUAGGCUGCUCAACAAAGAAAUCUUGAGGAGAAAACCAGAAGUGGAGUUUUGGGUGGAAGGACUGUGAGCUCAGUUCAGUCCCUGAGAACAAAAUCUUGGACCAAGCAUGUGCUCAGAGACAUCCUCUUCCUUCAUUCUAAAUGUACCUUGGCUGCUUCCUCCCCACCCUCACCUGAACCACUAUUUUGCACCUGGCUGUCUGGUAGAUUGGAGGGUGUGGUUCCCUUUUAACUCUUUGAACAGUAUUGACUUUUGGCCCUGCCAUCCUCCCAUGCUUUGCUUGGCUCAAUGCUAAAUCCCUUUCUAGUCUCUAAUCCUACUCAAACAAAUGUUUUUAUUGUCUAAUUGUUUUUCAGUUUUGCAUUUCUUUCUUUUUUGCAAGCCGUAUUUGGUUGCAUUUACAUCGAGACAGCCAGUCUCAGGAUUUGUAUAAAACAAUGUGGCUCUUCAUUUAGGCAAAUGAAGAACAGCAGAGUCAAUCGCCAAAAGAAUGAUGGCCCUUAACUAGAUGUUUUGAUGCCAAGAUGAGUAUUUGCUGUUGACAAGUAACUUGAGGCCUAUCUCCCAUGGUGCUUUCUUAUGCCAGGGGAUUGUGCUGUGCACCUGGUUGCAAGGAGACAUCACCUGUGUCACUUAAGUACACCUUAUGCAUCUGGGUUAGAUUUGGUGUCCAAAAGAGCACUAAGCAUUUGGACCAAUCAGAACACUUGAGAUAGGCUUUGCCAAGGGUCAAUAUUGACAAACGGGGGGCAGACAGUAGUUGUAAUCUACAGCUCUUUAAGCCAGCAUGGUUUUGGAGUGAGGUCAACUGGGCUCUGGAUUGGAACAACAGAGGAAACAAGAUGAUUGGAACGGAAUUGAAGGAUGAAACCCCCUGCGAUGAAGUAACAAGAUAGUUGAGAUUUUGUGCACAAUGCCAAACGAACAAACAGUUGUGUAAGACUCGUAGCCUGAGAUGCAACUAAUUCUGUAAAUUCAAGUGAGCACCCUGCAUUAGCCAGUGAGGGAGAUGUCAGGAUGGUAUUUUUUAUUUUAUUUUCAUGGAUGGAAGGAACGAUGGGAGGAAAACCUUUGGGCAAGCUUCUCUUUUAGGACCUAUUCCGUUUGCUCCUUGAUCUUGAUUUUGUGGCAUGUACUGUCUUCUCUAGAUCCUGUGGGAAAUCACAAGAUUCUUCCUUCUGGCUAUUGAGCUGAGCAUGGUGAUUCUGGGCCUUGCAUUUGGUAAGGAUUCCUCCUUAGCGUUGCUUGGUGCACUUAACCUUUUUCCUUGACAAGACCAUUGGAGCGUGGUGAAUGUGCCCUGCUCUCGGUAGAAAAGAGCAAAUCUUACCAAGCACAAAUAGGACUUCAGCCAGAUACAUGUAAUGCUCGCGCUGGAGGCGAAAGCUUGCAUUUAUUGUAGGCCCCUUAUUUACACCCUCCAUCUGCUUUCACUGUGUACGCAGUAGGAUACUUUUGUCUGAGUGAAGAAAGGAAGCUUGAUACAUUAAUAAUAAUUAUUAUUAUUAUUAUUAUUAUUAUUAAUGGCAUUUCCAACCCACUUUCCAGUGUUAAAGGUGCAGUUGUUACCCAUUUGUUGCAUAGGAUUCAGUUGCAUUUCCUCAAGGCAGCCUUUCUGCGAUGGAGGUAUCUCAUUUUCCCAGCACCCAUGAAGCAGGUGCUUGUAAGCAUCUAUUCAAUAAUAGCUCUCACCAGUGGACACAACUCCUCUGUAUUUUUGUGUGCAUGUGUCCCAUUUCAUGACUUUUAAAACAAACAAAUCUAUUAAAUAAUUCAGUGAAUUCUCCUCCACUGUAUUUUAUUCUACUAAAAUCCUACCCUUCCUUCAUGAUGCUCUCAUUGUCCUCCCUGGAUAUACUGAGAAUCUUCUGCAUGCAAAGCUGCCACUGUUUCUCAGACUGGGACUAUUUCUUUCUUUAAGCUUCCCAGCCCACCUUCCUACGGUGCAGCAUAUUUUAAGUGGUUUCUAGUUCUCAGGACAAGAGUUUUACUCUCAACUGCAACCUCAGUCGAGAGGUUUUGCCUUUCUCUUAAAAGAAAUUUGGCUUUGUUAGUCUGUCGCAACUUGGACAGGAAUGGCAUUAGGCAGGACCUCGAACAUAGGCGAGACCCCUAUAUGAGGUCUUGAGUCAGUGCAUCAGAUUUUCAACCAAGAUGUCUGGUCUGACAUCAAUAAUCUCAGGUUACUGACAGCAGAAUCUUAGAUGCGCAUGGCCUGUUGCAUGAUGGGUCUUUUAUGCUGGUUAACUCCUAACGGCAUUCCCGAGCAUGCAUAGGUUGGUCAGGAGCAGGCAAUUAUAUUUCUAGCCUUUAGUCACCUGACAGAAGACCAGCCAUUUUCACUUGUCAAAGAAAUGACCCCUGGUAUGUUUCCCACCCCAUUCAGGUCGUUUGGAGAGCAAAUCCAGUGUUAAGCGGGUAUUGGCUAUCACCACGGUGCUGUCAUUGGCCUACUCUGUCACCCAGGUAAGUGUUGGUGAAACAGGACAGUUGCACAGAGUAAGGCAAAUUCAAUUCAACUGUUUCCUCCUGAACUGAAAGCAGCUGCUCCUCAAGAGGUUCUGAGUUACUUUUAACAGCUCAGUGUAGUAACUCACUCUGAACAGUGCAGCAUUUGUUAAGUUUAAGCAUGUUCUCCUUUUCUAUAGUGGUAGCAUUAUGCCUUGUUUUGGUUUGGGAAGCCCCAGUAUUAAACAGGGACAUCAUUGUCCACUCUUCAGGCAUCUUCUUAAAAAAAUCAGAUGCAGUGAACUUAUAGGUACUGCAUGUGAGUUUUGUUAUGUAUUUAUUUACACUUUGGUUGGUUUUAAUCCUGCUCUUCAGGCAAAAAAGGCUCCUAGAGCAGCUUGUGAAGACAGUCCCUUCCCUCAGACUUACAAUCUGAAAAGGCACAACACAAAAGGAAAAUGGGUGGGGAGGGUUGAGGAAAUAAGCAAACUCAAGUACAAGUUCUUAGUUACAAAUUCUUAUAAUAGUCAUUUGAGGUAGAAAAACUCGAGGAAAGGAGGCACCAAAGGUUGCUGAUCUCUCAGCUAUGCCUUUGGACAUAACGGGCUGCUGUUGGAAGUGUAGUGCAUUGGGAUAUGGGAGGAACCAUGUAGAUCAGGAGGGUAGUUGGCAGAAGUUUUAGGUCAGGUAUUAAGCAUGUGGGGAGGGAUAGGGAUAGCACCAGUAGGUUGGCAGGAGGCCGGGAGAGGAGGAAAGGUGCCAUUUUUUUGUAACCUGCCUCCACUCUCAGGCUCAGAGCUAAAUCCCGAGACCAUCUGGCACAUCUUUCCUCCUGCACUUAGGGCAAUUUGUUAUCCUUUGCUAAAUCACAGUUUAUGGACUGGAUAGGGGAUCUUGUUGUGUAACGAUGGAAAGGGCUGGUUUCCAAGUGAGACCGAGUGCCUUUUCCUCAGCUUCUCAUGCAGGAAACAAAGGCACCAUUGUAAGCAGUUCAUACCCUGAUGACCCUCUUGCACUGUUCCUCACCAAUCUUUCAGGGAACUCUGGAGAUCAGUUAUCCUGAUGCCAGGCUCUCUGCAGAAGACUUCAAUAUCUAUGGUCAUGGAGGAAGGCACUUUUGGCUUGCAAGCUCCUGUUUCUUCUUUCUGGUAAGUGUGAUAAAUAUCCGUCUUGCUUGAUCUGAAUACCGUGAGUUUAAAACACUGGCGGUUCUUCCUUGAUGAUUUUCCAUUCUCUUCAUUUCAAUGUGCUUCCUGGCAUCUUCUAAACACAGCAACGAAAGCCAGGAUUGUUACUGUUUUCCACCACCUGCCCUCAGCAACCUCUGGCCCUAUAACUCACCUGCUGCUUUCUUCCUUAACAGGUUUAUUCAAUGGUGGUGAUGCUUCCCAAAACUCCCUUGAAAGAUCGUAUUUCCCUGCCUUGUAAGUGACUCGCCUCUCCCUUUCAAACUAAUACAAUUUUCUCACAGGCAUUAAAAGCCAAGCCACUUGGAAUAUUCCAGAUAGACAAAAGAAAGUCCUUCUUCGCAUAGUUAAGCUGUGGAAUUCAUUCCCACAAAGAGGUAGCAAUUGACGGCCAACAGCCAAUUGCCCCUGAGAGGGCAGCAAGUGCAACUCCUCUCUCCCUAUUCAGAGGCAUACUGCCUCCAAGAGUGGAUCUGCAACGUAGCCAUAGCCUGACAUAGCCAUGGAUAGCCAUAUCCUCCAUGAAUUUGUCCAGUCCCCUUUUCAAAGUCAUCCAGAUUGGUGACCCUCUCUAUGUAUAGUGGGAGUGAGUUCAACAGCUUAUGACUGGGGUGGGGAAACUCAUGCCUCGGGGCCAAUUGUGGCCCUCCAGGCUUCUCUCUCUGGCCCUCAGGAUUCUUCUCUGGCCACGCCCACCCUCCAACCACACCUUUCACCAGCCCUGCUUUGCACCUCCUUUUUUUUGCCUGGUUGGAAUGUGCCCUUGAAUUCUGAUAAUGCCUGUAUAGGGGACAGAGGGACGUGUGACGGUGUGUCUAGAAACUGGCCUAUGGGAGAUUUACCGUACAUUAGUUGCUUUUGCCUCUAGUUCCGCCUGCACCUGGAAAGUUGUGCAGAAGGAAAUUUGGCCCUCAGCCUGGAAAAGGUUCCCCACCCCUGUAAGAGGCACCUGUUAGGAAGAAGGGAGAGUGGAGGGUUUGCUUAAGUUACAUAACGGCUAGGUGGAAGGCCAUCGCUGGAGACUGUUCUGCAAUAAGUAGCUCUCGAGCAUCUUUCUUCUCCCUGUAAUACUGUUUUUUCCCGGGUCUCCAAAGUGGCUUUUCCAACAAAUGGUUUGUAGUGUAGGAAGUACCUGUGAUUACAUUUGACCCCAGUGUCUUUGCCUCUCUUUUUCAGCAAGGAAGAGUUUCUACAUCUAUGCUGGGAUUCUUGCUGUGCUGAACCUGGUGCAGGGCAUUGGUAGUGGUCUGCUCUGUGCGGGUAUCAUAGAAGGACUAUGGUACGUAUCCCUGUGGCUGGAUAGCUCUGCUCAACUUCUUCCUGGUGCUGUCACCGAGUCCUUUGAGAAGGAAGCACAAAGAGCUUCCAACGCAUUUGGACCAAAGCAAACUUGCUAAGGGGUACUGCUGUUGACGGCUGCUGAAUUUGCAGCUCCACUGCACCCAUCAUGCUGUGUUUCCAUCCAUUAUACCACAUCUGCCUCCAGAUGCCUUUCUGGAUAUUCCACCUGAGACUGGUGAUCUCAUUACUCCUUGAGAAAUACAGACUCAGUGCCUAUCUCCUGACAUUUCCCCUCUCCAGUGGGGAAGGCAGCAGGGAGGGGAUGCCUUCUGCUUAGCGAAUUGGGAAUGGUUGUUCUGGUCCAACUCUUAGUCCUUAUUGCCUGCAUCUCUUUCCCUGCUUUUGAUCCUUUUCUUUUUAAAGGAGUCAGUAGGACACAGUUGCUCAGAGUAGCAUUCUGCUUGGCGAAGCUGGGCCUUCUACUCCAGGGAGGAACAGCUUUUGGGGUGGGGUAGGGAACUGCUUUUCUUGGUGGGAGUCACCACUGGUGGUGAGUACAUUCUAACUUUCCCUGUUCCCUUUUGAGAAUGAUAACUAUGGGUCCUUGUAUAGAAGGAAGUUCUGUCCACCUUGGUGCCUUCCCACCAAGGGACACAGCUGCAUGGGUUAUAAAUGCCAUUGGACAGUAAAGCAGCUGGAAGAGAAGAGGUGUGCAGAGACCAAGGAAAGAAGUGCAAAUGGAUGGAGUGUCCUGUCUGCCAUCCUUUGGACCAGGCAUAGGCAAACUCCGCCCCCCCCGAUGUUUGGGACUGCAAUUCCCAUCAUCCCUGACCACUGGUCCUGUUAGCUAGGGAUGAUGGGAGUUGUAGUCCCAAACAUCUGGAGGGCUGGAGUUUGCCUUUCCCUUCUUUGGACGCCCUAGGAUGUUCACCAGUCCAAACCUGCUGUAGCUGGGAACCGGGUGUGUGAAGAGCAGCUGAAUGGGGAUACAGAUGUGGGCAGCUUGAGGAAGCUUAAUUCAUUGGUGCUAAGGCUGGGCAGAAAAAAGCAGGUUUUCAGGGGAAAGUACUUCCCAAGGAUGGAAAGAAAAAAAGGCUCAUAAAAGGGCAGAAAGAAAAAGCACUCAGACACGAUGCCUUAAAGCACAGACCUGUGCUGAGAAACACAGUGCAAAAGGAAGUCUGGAUGAGCCCCUGGAGUGAGAGACUAAGGUGUUGUUAGCAGGUUCCAGGAACCCUCUUUGUUGUGAGAUUUUGGGGUUGGUCUGUGAGUUUGUUUGGGCCCUGGGUGAGAACCAGGGAGGAUGGGGGGAGUCCUGGGUAAGAGCCAGUAGACUGAGAGGUGUGGAGUGAGGAGAUGUGUCAGAAGGAGAAGGAACGUAUCUAUAUAUGCUUAUUAGGAAGUCUGCAUUAAUGAUUUUAUUGUGCAUUUUUGUAACAUUUGUUUUUAGUUUUCUGUACACUGCUUAGAGUGAUUAUUCACUGUAUUUGUGGGAAUCUAAUGCACCAUUGAAUCUAACGUGCACCUCAAUUUUAAAAAUGAAACCAACAAAGUAUUUGCUGGCGCCAUCAAAUCUAGUGCGCAUCAAAUCUAAUUUUCACAAUGUAAUUUGGCCAAGAAAGGUCUGUGUUACAUUCUAGUAAAUAUAGAUACAGUCGCACCUUGGUUGUCGAAUGCCUUGGUACUCGUCUGUUUUGGCUCCCGAACGCCGCAGACCCUGAAUUGAGUGUUUUGGUUUGCAAACGUUUUUUGGAAGCCGAAUAUCCAACGCGGCUUCCACGGUUUCCAAUUGAGUGCAGGAAGCUCCUGCAGCCAAUCGGAAACCGCUCCUUGGUUGUUGAACAUUUUCAGAAGUUGAACAGACUUCUGGAAUGGAUUCCAUUCGACAACCAAGGUACAACUGUAUAUAUUAAGCAGUGUAGAAAAUGUAUUAAUAAUUAUUAUAUAAUUAUAUUUAUUAUAUAAUACAUAUUAUUAGUAUAUAAUAAUGAUGAUAAGAAACUGUAGUCCAAAAACAUCUGAAUUGGCCAGGAACAGAUUCCAAAUGACUUGUGUCUUUCUCUUCUGUCUUGACAGCUGUGUCGAUGCCACCACCUUCCUCUAUUUCAGCUUCUUUGCUCCACUCAUUUAUGUGGCGUUCCUGAAAAGUUUCUUUGGGUGAGCAUCCAAGGUUGUAGCCUGCAGCACAGUCCCAGGGCAUUUUACAACAACAAUAAUAAGAAAAAGUUUUAAGAUAGACAAGAGCAACAAUUCUAUAACAGCAGAUUGAGACUAUUUAAGUUAAGAAGUGUGAGAAAACAAAAGGGCCUGGCGUUGAAAGAACAUCAAUAUAAGUGCUAGGCGGGCCUCCCUAUGGAGAGCAUUUCAGAGCUUUAAAUCAUGUAGGCGUUGCAAGCAAAGGUCACUUGAAGCACAAUACUUGCCUCCCACUGGGAUAUUAAUGCAAUUAUUUUAUAGCAAAACAAACAUCAGCCUUUAAAUAAACAGUAAGUAACCACAACAAAAAUGCCCAGGGUGACCUUCAGGAUUAAUAACAUAAUUAAAAUAGAAGUAAAACGGCAGCAAAAGUACAAAAUGGUAUAAAGUGCGACGAGGCAGUAGGCUGGUUCUCCUCACAUCUAGGCCGGAAAGACUCAGAAGUGGGUGGUCUCAGGUGAGGCCUACAAAGAGGCUAACUCUUCCACACAUUCUCUCUGUGUGCUUCGUUAUGAUUUGUUUGUUUUUUUUAAUCAAUUCAGUGACUCUUGUUCUUCCAUCUGUGAAAUGAAGAUGGUAUUUGACUUCAUCACAGGGAUUCAGGAAGAUUAGACUCCUAAUAUCUGCGCAAAGCCUCAUUAAAUUCUGAGCUACUGUUUAGAGUUUUUUUCUGGAUUAGUGACAAAAUGAUUAAUGUGAAAUGCUGUGGAGGCCAAGCUUGUAUUAGGUAGAUAGGUCCCCCCCCCCUUUUAAUGCUCUUGAGUUUUAAGAAGGGGCUUAAAUACAUUGCCCAGCAGUUGAGCAAAGCGUGUAAACCAGCCUUCCUGAACCUAUUGCCAUCCAGAUGUUAUUGGACUACAGUUCCCAUCUUCCCUGACCAUGCUGACUGGGUUGUAGUUCAAAACAUCUGAACGGCACCAGGUUGGGGGAGGCUGGCCUAACUUUGCAGCUCAGGAAUUGCAUUCCUUUUGAGUAACCACUUCCAUUUUUACUGUUCUGACUACGUAAUUUUUUCAGCUUUGAGUGCCACCGUGUGGCCAUGCAGUGGAAAUACCCAUUCUAAUUGAGGAAUAGUUGCUGCAAUUAAUUCAGAUGGAUUUCAACCGUAAUUGUGAGGGACUAGCCACCUCACAUUUUAUAUUUGAUAUAAAAGCAGCAAAGCUAUAACAAGCAGUAAACAAAUAGUCUCCCAAAUGCCAAUAUCAAAUUGUGCAUGCUCAAAAAUGACUUGUUUUAUUUCUAACUUCCUUCAUCACUGAUUCCAAAUGGAACUGACCGUGUGUGUGUGUGUGUGUGUGUGUGUGUGAGUGUGUGUGUAGAUAUAUACGUAGUGCUUUUUUCUGGGGGAGAUGCAGGGGUACACAUACCCCUAAACAUUUUGUGAAUCUUUGUACUUUUGUCCAUUUACUAUAUUUAUUUCCCCCGAUUUGAACUAUAAAAUGGUGAUUUUCUUGAGUCAAAAUGAGAGUACCCCUAAACAUUUUUUAAAGAAAAAAAGCACUGUAUAUAUGAGAGAGAUAAUGAAUGAGACACACACACACACACACAAGCCCCCAUACCUACCUUCCACACCUCCUAAAAGCAUUUAGGUGUCAUGGCUAAUUUUUGAACACAGUGGCUCUUCUUACUUGCCCUGCUUUUCUUCUUUUGAGUCCCAUCAUUGUGAAUGAAGCAAAGCAAAAGGUUGGGUCUUAAUCCACAGAGUUUUCAAUCCAAGGUCAGGCAGUGCAGGAUAGGGUAAGAGAACAAAGGGAAGAGGUAAAGGCCAAUCAUAGACAAACAUGACAGUAUAUCUUGGGCUACGUUUAGUUCCGGUUUCCUACAGAUGAUGACAGCCUGGACGGCCUGAACUAAAAGAACAGCAUUGCUGGCUGCUUUUUAUUUCGGGAACUGUCUGCCAUGUUCUGAAUUGAACCUUCUUUACUGGGAAAUGGGAUGGAGGGAGUUAUGCUUGGAGCAAAGCAUCUGCUAUGCAUGCAGGAGGUUUCAGGUGGUUGACAUGGAAUGCCAGUCCCUGCAGACAGUACUGAGCUACACGGACCAGUGUUCUGACUCGGUAUCAGGCAGCUUCCCGUGUUUCAAGAAAGUAACUCUUUUGAAAAAAAUUCCCCUUGUCUCUUUAAUAAUUUCCAGGUCCGAGCCAAAGAUCCUCUUCUCCUACAAAUGCCAGGUGGAUGAGCCCGAGGACGUUGAUGUGCACCUCCCGCAUGCCUAUGGUGUGGCCAAGAAAGAAGGCCUGGAUUCCAGCUUUUACUCCAGCACUCAGAUCGACACUGCAGCGUACUUGGAUGACAUUGCUUCCAUGCCUUACCACGUGGGCAGCAUCAACAGCAUUGACAGUGACCGCUGGAAAGCCAUCAACUCCUAA